AUGAAAAAAAACGAACUGAUGAAAUAUGCACUGACAGCUGGAAAUCUGCAAAUAAAGCUAGAAAAUAACUGUAAUGAGUGUUAUUUGUACUUGCCAACACCAAUUUUAGAGCAGAACAAUAUGUUUGGGCCGGACAUAAGGAGCAAAUAUGCCAAGAUAAACGCUAAAAAUUUUUUCGUGCAAAAACGAAAAUGCCUAGUUGAAAGAAACUGCUUGGACUACGCUCUGUUUUAUUCAUUGCUUCGAGAGGUAAGGGAGCGAAGAGAUGGUCGCGUACGUACCAGAGUGCGAAAUGAUAGCGUUGCCGACAGACCAGCAGACAAAGAUGGAGGCGAAACCAGUGAGGACGCUGUUUUAUCGACGAAAUCGGACAGUGAUGGUUUUUCAGUUGAUAACUAUCCGAUCAGUCGAACAAAUUUGAGCAGAAAACCACAUAAAUUGAGAAUUUCGCGGACAAAGGCGUUGCUUGCCGAAAUUUGGUACGGUAAUCACUGCAAGAGACGAUCAAAUGAUUUGUUCCUGACCAGUAUGGCUGAUCCCUUGGUUGUCAUCGGAGCUCUGCUUGGAACAAAACAUUUUUCAAAAUUUGUUUACAUGGAGAAGGAGGCGAUCAACAUCAACGGUCUAAGGCUGAACAGAAACACAAAUUGGUACAAAUUAUUUCAUUUUUCGCUUCUGAACGUGAACAGUAUCGGCAUUAGAAACAUUUUAAAUCUUGGCGAUGAAAAGUUAUCGAUGAUGCUGUACAUGCAAAACAAGAGUAGGAGCGAUGUGCUAGAGCAUAUGGUCGUUAUGGAUUUGGACCUGGCAAGGAAGAUUGUGUUGUGCUACAAUGACGCGGAGAAAGAAAUGCACAAAUUGUACGUAACAGAAUGUGAAAAAAGAGCAAACAAAAAGUGUGUGGUUGAGUUUCUGAACUGCAGCAACAUCGAAAAUAUCAGCCCAGAUAUAUUUUACUUGUAUAGGAAAUACGAGAAGAACGUUGAACUGGCGAAGAUUAUUGAACUGAAAGAUUAUAUCGAUAAGGCAGAGAAUAGCACAUGUGACAGCAUCAAAGACAUGGUAGUUCGAUGUAAAGAAUUAUACUCCUUUUUCAUCUCGUCUGAGAGCAUGACUUCAGACGAAUCGAAAGUGAAGGAGGUUUUUUCAGCAGAGUUAUGUCAGGAGGUAGCCGAUGAGACCAAGAAAAUGCUUUGCAGGCUCGUAAAAUCAAACAUAGAAUUUAUUUCGAACGGGUUGAACGAGCUAAACACUAAAUCAAGGCGGACAGUGAUGAGACAAAUCGUCACAGAGUCGUGGGAACACAUGCUGCCCAUGUAUUCUGAUCUCGUGUGCAUGCAGGAUGAUCUGAACAGGUUCAUUUUUGAGUGUGAACUGUUUAACUACAUAGUUGAAGCAGGCAAACAUACGAUGCCUGGAGAUGCGAAGGAGAUGGAACGAAAAAACAUAUUGAGAAUGAGAAAGGCAGCCAAGUUCAUCGAUGUGCUUAAAUUCAAAGAUCCUUCUAAAAGCAUUCUGCUGAAUAUGCUACGGGUCUAUCUGGAGCGAAGUCUUUCUAAAAAACGCUACGGAAUGGUCAACGUGCUGCGGGCGUAUUUGAAUAAGCGAAAUGAUUUUGACUACACAUUACUGCAAAACUUCAGAAAUAACAUUUUUAAGAUGAACAGCGUGAAGCUCAAACAGAAAAUUGCGCUCGUCGACCUGUAUUAUGAACUGGUGAGGGAUGUCAACACGAAACAAAGGGACCUAUCGAUCAACUUUCAAGAAAUUAUGACAAGAAGCACCAGCAAUCCUCUGAAUUACAGCAGAUUAACGCCGCUCGAAAUAAAAAAUGUUGAAUUUGGACCUGAUGUUGUACGAUACAUUGAAAGCUUCCGAGGUAAGGUCUUUGAGCGGUUUUUCGAUGCAAAAAACUUCAUCUUGUUUACAAGCCAUUUUCUCGGCAAUCUCACGGAUCUGGAAUGGAUUGAAAAUUCUUUGCAUAGCAUAAAAAGCUCACGAGAAGACCUGAAUGUCAUGGUCGAGAGCUUGAUCAGUCAGGUUAAGAUAAGAAGAUCUGUGCGUGGGGAUGUUAUGGUUACCACAGCUAGUAAAGAAACGGAUAAACGAUCAGCUGUGGCUGAAGGUAAUGUCAAACGAACAAAUUCAACACAAGAGGAACAGAAAAAAACCACGGACACGCAGCAUAUGCCACGGAGCACUGACAUAGAAGGUGCAUUUAGAUCGUCAUUCGUGCGUCAACCACGGGACCGUUAUCAAGCAAAUCCGAAGAAUUACAAAAAAUGUAUGGAAAAAGAAAUUGAACCUGGAGAAAUCGUAUGCGGCACCAGAGAAACCCGUGGGAACGCCUCGGUUUAUGAGCAUGAUCGAAGUGCAGCUUAUCGGUACGAAGAGUCUUCCCAGUAUGAUGAGAGAAGUGAUCACGGAGACAAAAAAUACUGCAAAAGUAGAAAUGAUAGCAGGAUAAAUAAUCGUGAGGCAUCCUGGGAUGGCAAUGAACGCGUUGAAAGGGAUGAAGAUCGUAGCAGGUCUUAUGUAUACAGGGGGAGGGAAAGAGAAUACGGUGGCAAUCGUCGCACAGACAGGAGAUCGUCAUACUAUAAUACACCACCACAUGAAAACGGUUCAGAAAUUGGCUCUCUUCGCAAUGUGAGAUCCGAAACAAACUACCGAGCAUCCCCAGCGUAUGUUGAGAACGAGAGGACGGAUAAUUUCGGUUCAGAACCGCGUGGACACAACAGAGGAAAUUUCAAUAAUUCCUAUUCUUCACACAGCGGUCGUGACCGAGAACCAUGCAAUAGUAACACUUGGCGUGCAGGCUAUCAAGCGGAGUACACCCAGAGAACACGCGGAAAUAAUUAUUGUGGCAGGGGAGACUUUGAUGAGCGGAGGGUAGACCGCUAUAAUGACCGAGGGAGAAACGAAUACGGCCGUCCGUAUGAUGAACGUACCUAUGAACACGCAGAUUAUCGCAGAUAUGACGAUGAUAAUCGCAACUACGAUAGAGAGAGUGACUAUUCAUGGUCGCGAUACGGUCGAAGGGACCGGGAUCGUUCUCCUGAUGAGUAUUCGAACGAAAGAGCGCGUAGAAAGAGGAGAGAGUACUAAUAGAACACGCGUAAAUAUGAAAUGAUGCUCGUUAUCUUCCGAGUUAUUUGUACCAUGGGUGUGUCACACCCACAACAAAGGGCCAAAGCUGUCUAUCACGCCAAAUUUUGUCCCGCAGUGUAAUAAAACUUUUUGUUUUUGCACCACGGUUAUCGUGAAUAACUCUUUUUUCUGUGUAGCGAGACAAUUCAUUAUUUUAAU